UUGGUCGAGGCGCUUGUCAUUAAUAGCCGCACCGCAUUGGCCAGCUCGUGUACACGUAUUCUCCGUUGUGUACAUAAACAUGAUAAUACAUAACAUAGUCAAUGAUAGGGCCUAAAAACCACAUGUAGCUGGUCGUAUAAAUCUUCUCAACUCGGUUCUGAGUUUUCCUGCAUAACAACACGGAGUAAAGACAUCCUGAACUGAAAAUGUCCAAGGCUGAAAUCAAGCCCGGCGACCCGGCAAAGGGUGCUGCCAUCUUUAAGCAGAAGUGCACCCAGUGUCACGUCAUAGACAAGACAGGCAAACACAAGCAAGGGCCCAACCUAAUGGGCCUGUGGGGCCGGAGGACGGGCCAAGCGCCAGGAUUUAGCUACACGGAUGCAAACAAGAACAAAGGUGUUACUUGGGAGAGAGAAACGCUAUUUACAUACCUCGAGAACCCCAAGAAGUACAUCCCAGGAACCAAGAUGGUCUUUGCCGGCCUCAAGAAGAAGAAGGAACGUGAGGACCUGAUAUCGUACCUUGAGGCGGCAACGCAGGGAAAAGAAAUCUAACACAUGCUCAAAUGCAUAUGAUUAACCUUUGACCUCUGAAGUCUAAGACAAAAAAAAUGCUGCCCCUAGUUUUAUUAUCAAAUAUCCCCCGGUGCAUUUUUAACAGUAAUCUUUUGGGUUUUUUUUUUAACAGUUGUGCAAGGGGUUUGAAACGCGACAAAACUUUCGCAAUUAUUUGAAAGCAAAACGAAUCAGACUCAACACCCAACAUGUAUCAGAUGUUGUUACUGAACCCUUAAACUGUCACAUUUCAAAAACCAAAUUUUGUUUGGACUUCCAAGUUGCCGUUGCCAAUAUAUCUUCAUAAUUUAUUUCUUUUUUAAUGGAAAAGUGUGAAACUUCAAGUGUUUCCCGCUGAUUUUUUUUUUUGUGGUGGUGGCUACAUAUCUGUCUGUACGUGUGUGUGUGCUGAAAGUCUGAAUGCAAGAUUUUGUUUAGCGUAUUUUAAAAGAAUCCGAGGAUUUGUACAUUAUCAUAUUAACAAAACUGUACAUGGAGCCAACAACUAUGAUUAUGAUUGAAUGUGCACAAAGGCGGUUAGUGUGGAAUUGAUUACCACUCGACAGGAAAACACCAUCUGUGUUGCCUCCAGACAACACAUUUUGCUGUUGUACCAAAGAUGGAAAGAAACUUUGGAUUAAUCUCACUGUUGACUGUUGUACAAAUUUAUAAUUAUGAAGAGUCUAGUAUGUGGUUAUUGGAAAACUUCCUUGUGACAUGUUCUCUGUUAUGUUUGGUUACUACGUACCACUGUACAUAUAUCUAAAAAUGCCCGGGGACACUUAAUUUCUCUGAAUUCGGAUUGGAUGUGUAGUGGGUCACAUGGGGUCAGUGUUUCCACGCAUACACGGUGCAUGAUACCCACAAUGCAACUCUCUCUUAAGUUUUAAGGUUCAGCUGUCGCCAGCGCUUGAUGGAGAGGUAUGCGUGAGUGAGCAGACCGCAAGGGACGCAUACAGUAAACUGAGGCAGAGUUCACUGGAUCAUAUGUUUGCCACCGAGACAAAAAAUUCUUGCCCAGUUGCUAAAAAACCUUUUCCUUCACUACUUGCUAGGUUGGAAGCCAUUUUGUCUUAAAUUAUCGGAGGUCAAGAACAAAAAGAAUUGCAUUUUAUUUGUGUGAAGAAAUUGAUUCCCCCGAGUGGACGAUAUUAACUGCCUGUUUUCAACAUUAGUACCAAAUGUUAGCAUUCCCUGUGUUUUAGGUUCCUCAUAGCAAUAUUAUACAGUGGAUGUAAACACACAUAGGUGCAUAACGGUGUGGUUAAAAUACACAGUCAUGUCAUUUUUAACACAAGUAAAAAGGUUUUUCACUGACAUCUAUGUAUUUUGUGUUUUGGGGGUGUAGAUUCGUUUGUAAACAUAUUUAUGAUGGAUCUGGGGAAGCAACUACAUUGUAUUAAUUUUUGAAUCAUCAUUCUGGCUAAUAGUUUUGUUCAAAGUAUACAUCUAUUUGGAAACUUAAAACUACACUCCAGAAAUCCUCAGGUAACCAGCGUCAAUUCACAAGACAAAACCAGUUCUUAAAUUUCACAGCAGCACACAAUUAGAUUUCCUUCACAGUCUUGGUUUAUUCUUAGCUCAUGUGUGAGGCGGGACCUACGUGUAUGUUUAUUCUGUAGGCGGACUGGUCCCUUGUGGUUUUGGCUGUGAGCUGCUCCAUUAUUUAUUUGGCUGUUGUGUCUUUUUAAACCGAGUGAGCACUUUUACAGUAUUCUUUGAUACUGCGCACGGUUUUCCGUGAAAAGGGUUUUUUUUGUCCAACCAGUCUUUUUCCAUCGUGUAUUUUCUUCCCAUGUUUGAAUUGAUUCUUUACAGAUUUUGUUGUGGAAUAAAAAGUGAUGAUGAUUGACGUUA